AUUUAUACUCUUCAGUGAGCGUAAGUCGCGUCAAUACUGAAGAUGUACGAAAAUUACCAUGCUCUUCCGUGUAUUCUCUUAUAAAAAAUGUUAACGUGAAAACUGCAAUUGCUGAAUAAUAAUAAGUAAAAGUGAAAUAUGUUAAGUAAUAAUCAUAAAUAAUAAUAAUAAUAGUAAUAAAUAAAUAAUUGACGUGGUAAAACAGAGUGAUCAAGUUUUUAAAAUAUUGAUAAACCAAAUUUGUGAAAAGUGUUAAUCAAAAACAAAAGGAGUCGUUGAUAUUAAGUGUACAGUAUUUUAUUAAAAAAUGAGCGACAGUGACUUGUGGGUACGCGACGUGCUCGCAACUUACAGUUUUUUAGCACUCGUUUUAUCCGUCACAACAAUUUUCAUAUGGAAAAGAUGGCCGAAUCUACAGAAAAGCAUUUAUAAAUCGUAUUUAACAGGAUUCGAAGUGGAAUGUGCUGAACUCGCUUUACCUUACAAGAAACAUUUGUUUGGAUUAUUGCAAGAAAUUGUUUCCAGUGACUACAGGUUACGAUCCAUGGGUUGUAUCCGUGUGCUCGAAAUUGGUGUUAAAACGGGUGGGCAUCGUGAAAACAUACAAUUUUAUCCGAACAAUACAUAUUUGAUUAGCGUUGAUCGAAAUUUGAAGUUGGCUGAGUAUUUAAUUAAAGGGAAUUAUUCUUGGAAAUUUUCACACGUCAUUAUCGAACGGGUAAUAGUCGGUGAUGGCAGUUCUUUGGAAGAUGUGCCUACAGGAUAUGUAGAUGUGGUUGUGACAACAAGAUCUUUAUGCUCAGUAACGUCGAUACGUUCAACGCUCCGUGAAAUUCGCAGAGUGUUAGCACCGGGUGGUCACUACUUGUUCAUGGAACACAUUCCUGAAAGAGAAGGAACUUUCAUACGAUGGUUACAGAAAGCAUUAUCACAAACAAAAAUAUGGCCCUCGUUGUUCGGUGGUUGCCAUUUAAAUGUUGAUAUUAUGAUGAACAUUCAAAAUGCUGGUUUCGACCGCGUUUCGUGGGCCAUGUUUACUCUCGAAGGUUACGUGUCACAGACCUUUCACCUGAUCCUUUCGAAACAACAUAUAUUGGGCGUUGCAGUUCGAUAAUUGUAAGUAGCAAAAAACAAAAUGAACACAAGAAAUAAAACUGAAAAUUGAAAAUAACACGAAUAAAAUUCACGUAUUAAAUAUGUUAAUAGAGCAAAAUUGUAUUGUCACUGUGUUCAUGAAAAUCUCUCGAGAAUUAUCGUAAGAACAUUUAAUUGCAAAAAAUAUUCAUAAAAAAUUGGCAUUUGUAUAGAAUGAAAAUUGUUUAAAAGGUCCGAGGAUGCAUACAUUCGUAAUCAUAUGGAAUUGUGCAUCCCCCAAAAUUCGUGAAGCACCUGUGAGCAGGCAACCAGCUUUGCACUGGUGCCCAUUGGGCACUAAGAAGUUAUGCUUAUUUAAAACACUUUUUGUUAAAAACCUUUACAUUUUAUGGAAAAGUAUAAGUUUUAACAUUUAAAAAAUACAAAUAAACCUAACAAUCUUAUUAAUGUAAUUACAAGAUAAAAGUAAAAUUAAUUCACUCGUGUCUAUGAAAUGUUAUGCAACCAUUCGUAUCAGUUGAUGUAGAAAAUACAAAUAAUUUAAAUUAAUUGAAGAAUAUUUAAUCUCCAAUUACCCAAUUACCAAAAUAUUUCAUUUGCGUAAUAUAAACGUAACUUGAUAUUGAAUUUGGUAAAACAGCAAGCUAAUGAGCAAAGAACUGGAUAAGAAAAGGGCAUGAUAUUAUCAACGAAAACAACGUUCCAGUAAAAUAAUUAUAUUAAAACAUAACUGUAUUGAAAUUACAUACAUCAUAUAAAAUUUGGAAGUUAUUUCAUUUUUACAUUGUUGUUUCUCAGUUUUAUAUAUCGGAAAGUUAAUUAUGGUUAAAGUUAACUACAACUAAAGUUAAAUUAUAGUCAAAUAAUUAUAUACUACUAGUAAUUACUAGGAAGAUCAUUCUUUUUAAUUUUAGUCGACGCGUGAAAUGUAAUUUAUACGUCAAAACAAUUAUACCAAAAAAAUACGAACAAUAAUAUGAUGGAAGUAUAGAAGUAGGGAAUUCACUUCAUAUUAUCACUGACAAAUAAUAUUGAAUGUAAAAUUCGAGUAAAAACCUUAAAAUCUGAAUCUAAUUGCUUAAAAAGAAUACUUAUAAGUGUACACUCAUCUUUUUGGAACAUAAUAUGUAUACUUAGUCACUAAUUAAAAUAUGAUUGACAUUAAAAAAAAAUUAAAACAUAUCACCUUAGUAUUAUUUAUAUAAAGCUUCAAAGGCAUUUUGAUAUCACACUCGCACACACACGUGAAAAUAAUUUCCACAAAAAUGCAAAAUGCUCCAACGAUUUACAUUUUCGAUGAAAUUAGAAUACUUGAAAAAGCUUUAAAAGUGUUAAUAUGCCUCUGUAUUUUAAAUCGACUAUGAGAUGAAAUAUAAUCUAAAAUAACGUAUAAAAGAUUUAUAAAUUUUGUAAAUUUAAACACAUUUAAAUUAAACUCUUUAAUUAAAUUCACUUAAACAUGUGAACACGUCAAAGAAAUAUAGUCCUGUAUUGUCUAUAAUAUAGACUUCGUAUAGACUCUACAUAAAAUAUACUUAAAACAACAGAAAUUAUUGCCGCACAUUCAUUUUAACAAGUUCAUUUUUUCCACGUGUUUAUCAGAAACAAACUGUUCCACGUCAUUACGUUUGCACUUUGUUCUGUUAUAAUUUCUUUAUAUGCAUGGUGUUACGAGAUGUCCUAAUACAUAUAUAUUACUUAUGACGAAGUAAUUUUAUAAUGUAUCACAAAAUUUAUAUUGUUGAAAUGUUAUGCUAUAAAAAACAGUGCACAUAUUAUUUAUCUUCACGAAAUUCAAUUUUCGUAAACGUAACUUACCGCACAUGAAAAUAUAAGUGCAUCUUGUUGAAUUAAAUCGUCAAGUUUUACGAUAUUUUCGAUCUUAAUAGUUACAUUUAGUUUUUAAUGAACUAAAAAUAGAAGUUUUAAAACGGAAGUUUCUUCAUGUAAAUUUUAUAUGAAGCAACUAAUAAUUAAACAUUAUUAAUAAACUGAUACUUCUGAAUCAGAAUCCAACAGUUUUGUUUGAAAAUAUAAACGAUUUUCGUUUAAUUUCCCUCUAGUUCUUUUGUUGUUCGCACUAUGUGUAUAUACUUCCAUUUGAUUUUUAAUUACAGUCUGAGUUUUGCUUUUCUCUACACUAGAAUUUUUCUCUUUAUUUGUAAAAAGUGUAGAUCCUGUCUUUCGGGUUUCAUAUAUUGUUGUACGUAAAGAAUUCUUCUUUCUUGGUCUUUCUAACGAUAUAUCUGAAUCAGAAUCCAAUAAAUAGUGUAAACUAUUUUCGUUUACUUUUCUUCUACUUCUUUUGCUGCUCGCACUAUGUGUAUAUACUUCCAUUUGGUUUUUAAUUACAGUCUGUGUUUUGCUUGUGUCUACGCUAGAAGUUUUCUCUUUAUUUUGAAAAAGUGUAGAUCGUGUCCUUCGAGUUUUAUAUAUCAUUGUAUGUAAAGAAUUUCUCUUUCUUGACGUUCUUAGAUUUGGUUUUCUAAACGUGCUGGUUACAUUAGGUUGAGAAAAUAACGGACUUUGUAAUCCUAGUACACGUUUAUUUACAUCAUUAUCAAGAACAGAAAUGUCAUUUAAAUCCAUAUCCGUAGUAUUGUCAAGAGAUUCAUUUAUAUUUUGUGGUAUAAGUUUUACAAACCCAUUUUCUUCAUCAGACAAUUCGUACAGUCCUAGUACACGUUUAUUUGCUUUAUUAUCGACAAAAGAACUAUAACUUGAAUCUGUAUUUAUACUAUUGUCAAGAGUUUUAUUUAUAUUUCGUGGUAUAAGCUUUACAAACCCAUUCUCUUCAUCAGAUAAUAAAAAGUCAUCUGAUUGACGUUUCUCCCUCUUAUCAUCAUUUUUAUCAGGACUCUUGUCAGGACUAUUCUUAUUAACUGGUUUUACUUUCUUAGAACGCAAUGCAUUUUUAAUACGCUUGCAUGAAUCAAUACAUACAUUUGAUAUAGUAUCCAUAUUUUGCUUAGAAUAUAUAUUACUAUUAUUUGUUUUAUUAAUCUUAUUAACUCUUAAACUAUAACCAUUCUUAUUAGAUUUCGUUUCCUUACUUUUUGGAGCUUCUUCUGUUUUCUGUAUACAGUUUUCAUUAGACUUAUCAACAGUAUUAUUAAGCGAGUUCAAUGAUUUAUUUUUAUAAACAUCGUUCUCUACCAUUUUUAAGUUUUUACGUAAACUGACAUCAAUUACAUCAGUCAAAUUACUUGUAGAAGAACUACAAGGUACGUUAUUUUCACAUUGAUAAAUUAAAAGAGUGCUUUGAUUACUGUCUGUAUCUUCAGACAGAUUAAUGGUUUUACUUUUAUGAAAUCGUGUAAUUGAGUCACCUUGCAGAAGCUGAGUAGGUUUUAAGUCGUUAUCUUGAGUUUGUAUAGUUUCAGAUGAUUUUUCAGUAUUACUAUUGGAUUUAUUAAGAUUGACAUUAACCUUAAUAUCAGUAUCAGAUAAUCGCGUCAAACGAACUAUGGGAUUUAAAUUACAAGAAAUUGUCGAUAUUCUAUUUACUUCUGUGUGUUCCUUUGUAUUAAACCUUGAUACUUGUUUGAAAUUAACUACUGGCUCUAAAUUCUUAAGAUUUUUGGAUGAUUCCCUCGACUUUUGGUAUUUCUGUAUAUUGGAUUCUGAUAAUCGUUUUAAACCAAUUACUGGAUCUAAACUUUUUAAAUCUAUGACAAUAUCAUUCGAUCUACUGUACUUCCAUAUUUCGAACUCUGAUAGUCGUUUCAAACGAAUUACUGGGUUUAAGUUUUGAGGACUUAUUUUCUUAGUUGAUUUUUUACAUUUUGAUAUAAUAGACUCUUCUGUUUGUCUUGAAGAAGCUACUACUGAAUUUUUUAAUUUUCCCCAAGUAGUAAUAGGUUUUUUAAAUUCCAUUGCAUCCUUCAUUGAGUUAUUUAGUAUUCUGCCAUUGCUAAUUAUUGAAUCAGUAGAUUUAUUCACAUUCUGAUUACUGCAUUUUAUUAACGUACUAUUUGCAUCAACUGAACUAUUCUUUUUUGAUUUCGUUAAAAUACUUAUAGUUGACAAAGUUUCCUUAGAACGGAACAAGUUUAUCAAUCUCGUCCUUCUUUUAUUGUAAAUUUUAUAUCGCUUCUUUAUUCUGCAUCCAGAUUCUAAUGCAGGAUGUGAAAAUUUUGUUAACGAUAAUCUAUUCUUACCUAAAUUACUCAUACGAGCAAUGUCAACAGGUGAAUCUCUACCAGUGUAUAACUUUUUACGUUGACUUAAUUUUGUAGAGCUAUCUUGAAAUGGAUAAUUGUUUUCCAUUAAAACAGUUUCUUCAGAAUUUUCUGAUUCUGUACGUCUGAUUUUAUUAUUAGAAAUUAUAUGCAUUAAUUUCUCACUGAACAGUUGACUACCUCUAUUCAUAGUAGCUCUAUUCAGAUCUCUACAUGAACUUUGUUGUACUUGUGUUGUUGCAUUUUUAUCUAAUAUAGUAUCUUCUUUAUCUAUUACAAUUUUCUCAGUUUCAUAAGAAUAAAUCGAGGAAGGUGUCUGAUGGUUAGUCUCACUCGUACAUCGCACAGGACUUUUAUCAUUAGCUUCGCAGAUUUCAUUGUUGGAAUGUUUUGAUGUUUCUACAUUAUGUAAACUUGUAUUCUGAACAUCUGAUGAUACAUUCUGUCUUGAUCCUUCUACAAUAGCCAAAGUAUUUGCUUUGUUAGUUGUAUUCAUGUUUGACAGAAUAUAUGCAGCAGUAUCAACAGAACUACUAGAACCAUUUUCCCCACAAGUUAGUUUUGGGAAAUAUUCAUUGGACGUUUCAUCACCAGUGCAAUGCUCUGAUUGCUUAUUUAGAUCCAUAGAUGUUUUAUAUGGAAUUCUGCCAGUAUCUACCCAAUAUUGUACAAAACUUGGUGCUUUAUUUAUAGGUGCACAAAGUUUAAGAUUCAAUAUAUUUAAUUCAGUUUUAUCUGAGAACUAAAAUAUUGUAUAACCAAAAUUAUUAUUAUUACUUCUAUUUAUACAAUACAUAUUUUUGUUUACAUAAGCCAUAAAAUUUCUCAUACCUCUUCUGUGUAUUUCUCAAAUAAAUCAUUCCAAAAUUUUUCUCUUUUAUUUAAUACUUCAAUAGGUAUCAUGACUGGUACAUCAUGAUUAAUACCAACAAUCCUGAAACAUGUGCAAAAUUUAGAUGAUUAAUUAAAUUAAUUAGAAAUAUUUAGAACAAUUAUAAAAAUAUGUAUAUUAUAAAUGUUUAAAUUUAAAGUGUUUAUUGUUAUGUUGGAUAUGAUUAACCAAACAUAUUAGAAGAUACUCUUGUUAAUUAUUAAAUCCAUAUAUGUCUGAAUUAGUUGUAUGAGAAAACUUUUGUAUACUAA